AUGAGUCAGAGAAAGGUUGAAGAUGACGCGGCCGGCAUCGGUUGCGAGGGAGAGCCAUUACCUGACCCUCUCGAGACUUCUGAGUUGCGGCAACAGCAAGAGUCAGUCCCAAACGAGUAUCGACAUACUGGCUGGGGGAAGCGUCGAGAAAAUCCCAGAUGUGGAGCCAAGAGCACAUUCAGAAAUCAG